AUGAGUGCUGUUCCGAUUGCAUUCAGAUUCACGAAAAGCUCUGAUGGAUUCGCACUGGUUAGAUCAGACGAUAAAAAAUACAAAAUUAAAAUAAACUAUGUAAGUCUUCACAUCAAGAGAGUCAAACUAUUCCCUGAUGCUGCUCUUAGUGUGAUUAAGGGUUUAGAAACAGCACCCGCAAAAUAUUUUAUUACGAGAAAUGAAACACGUUGCUUUACUAUUGGACCUAACCUAAGCGCUGCUGCAGUGGAAAAUGUAUUCAGUGGUAUAUUACCACGGAGAGUUAUUAUCGGGUUUGUUGAUGAAGCUGCAUUCAGUGGGUCAUAUGACGAUGAUCCAUUCAUCUUCAAGAAUUAUAAUAUAAACUUUUUAGCUUUAUAUGUUGAUGGAAAUAUGAUACCCAGUAUCCCUUAUACUCCCAACUUUACUGAAGGAUUUUGCAUGAGAGAAUUUGUCAAUCUUUAUCGUUUCAUGAAUCAAGAUGAGGGUCAUCCGCAGAUGCAGAUAACUUACGAUCAAUUUAAAGAAAAUAGAACACUUUUCGCUUUUGAUUUAUCACCUGAUGGAUCUAUUGGGGCUGAGAACGGUACACUAUCUUUAAUAAGAAGAGGUAUUAUAAGACUUCAAGUAAAGUUUUCGAGAUCUAUCGCACAACCUAUCAAAGCAAUCAUAUUUGGACAAUUUGACAAUCUCAUAACUAUCGAUGAAAAUAGAACUGUUACAUUAGACUAUUGA